AUGGCAAUUCUACACCGUGAACAUCAACAAGAGAAUUACCCUUCUUUCUUGCUUGAUGCUCUCUACUGCGAAGAAGAUGGCGUGGCUCAAGUUUCAGAGGAAGAAGAAGAGAGUUCUUCUUCCGACAAUGGCGGGUCCCAUUCCUUUUUCCCACUCUUGUUGGAGCAAGACUUGUUUUGGGAAGACGACGAGCUACUUUCUUUUUUUUCCAAGGAAGAUGAUGAGUUUCUGACGGUGACCCGCCGUGAGAUCCACCGUGAGGCGGUGGAGUGGAUGCUUAAAGUCAAUGCUCUCCACGGGUUCACUGCUCUCACGGCUGUACUUUCCGUUAACUAUCUGGAUAGGUUCCUUAGUAGAUUCGGUUUACAAAACGAUAGGCCCUGGUUGAUCCAACUCGUGGCGGUAACUUGUCUCUCUUUGGCUGCAAAAGGUGAAGAGACCCAUGUGCCCCUUCUUCUAGACCUACAAGUGGAGGAGACAAGAUAUGUUUUUGAGGCCAAAACGAUUCAAAGAAUGGAGCUUUUGGUACUGUCAACACUUCAAUGGAAGAUGCAUCCGAUCACCCCGCUUUCAUUCCUCGAUCACAUCACGAGAAGACUCGGCUUAAAGGCUCAUCUCCAUUGGGAGUUUCUCAAGAGAUGUGAGCGUCUGCUCCUUUCUGUAAUUUCGGGUAAUUAUUCCUUC